AUUCCCGUUGCCAAAAAGCGACUUGGGUGGAGAUAACUUCUUCCCCAUCUUUUAUGUUUUCAUUCAUUGCUCCGCAUUUCUUGUUAGAGAGCAGUGAUCCAUUUCUUAUGCCUAAAUCUUUGGUCCAUUGCACAAUAACACACCAACGUACACAUUUAUUUGCUUCAACAAUUUAGCGCUUACACUUAAUCAUAAUCAUCAUCAUCAUAAGGAAUAGUGUUUGUUGCAAAUUUUUGGAAAUGGAUAAAAAAACAGCACACGGGCCUCUGUAUUUUGAUCUGAACACUGGAGGAAAGAUACCGUCAGUUGGUCUUGGAACAUGGAAAGCUCCUCCAGGUGAAGUUGGUAAUGCUGUAAUUGCUGCAGUCAAGGCUGGCUAUAGGCAUAUAGAUUGUGCUAGGGUGUAUGAUAACGAAAAAGAGGUAGGGGAUGCGCUGAAAAAGUUAUUUUCCACUGGGGUAGUACAGCGUAGUGAUUUGUUCAUAACAUCAAAGAUAUGGACUAGUGACUGUGCACCUGAAGAUGUAUCAAAGGCAUUGACUAGGACUCUGGAGGAUCUGCAGCUUGACUACAUUGAUCUAUAUCUUAUGCAUUGGCCGUUCAGGACAAAGCCAGGUUCACGAGGUUGGGCUCCCGAGAUCAUGGCUCCAUUGUGUCUUCCAGAGACAUGGAAUGCAAUGGAAGGUUUAUAUGCCUCCGGUCAGGCACGGUCAAUUGGGGUGAGCAACUUUUCCACUAAGAAGCUGCAAGACAUGCUCCAAUACGCUAAGGUUCCGCCAGCAGUUAACCAAGUCGAGUGCCACCCCGUGUGGCAACAACCUGCUCUUCACAAUUUCUGCAAAUCCACCGGUGUUCAUCUCACAGCAUAUUCACCUUUAGGCUCUCCUGGGUCAUGGAUAAAAGGGGAAAUCUUGAAGGAACCAGUGUUGAUUGAUAUUGCAAAACAACUUAACAAGACUCCGGCACAAGUGGCUCUUCGCUGGGGAAUCCAAAGUGGCCACAGCGUUCUUCCAAAGAGUGUCAAUGAAUCUAGGCUCAAGGAGAACCUUAGCUUAUUUGAUUGGUCCAUCCCUCCCGAGCUCUUCUCAAAAUUCUCAGAGAUUCAUCAGCAACGGUUACUUCGCGGGGACACUGCGGUGCACGAAACCUGUAGUCCUUACAAAAGUCUUGAAGAGUUGUGGGAUGGAGAAAUAUGAAGUGCAAUUUCUUUUCUGUGUUAUAGAAGUAUAUGAUGUAAUUUUAACAGUGUCUUCUUAAUAAUGCAAAUUGUGGUAAUGUCCUUUCUUGUGGUAAUCUUUAUCUUGUUAAAAACAAUCAACCCCUGUUCCUAGGGGGUUUCACAGAUGAACAACAGAUAAAAAUUGUUUCAUU